GAAGUGACAUUAUCAGCGCGCGCCUGGAGUUCGGUGGGGUCGGUUAGGGUUGCUGUGGCGGGGCCUGAGCAGCCUGCGGCUUAACUUCGCUUCCGCAGGCCCUUGAUGAUCUCUGCCGGCACCCCAGCGCAACAUCACUGCUUCCUGGUGGCUGAGGAUAACCCCGAUAAUUGAGGAAGUUACUAAGAGUGUGCUGGGAUGAUCAGAGAAGACUGAAUGCUGACACGAGUUCCAGGUCAAGAGAUUCUGGUUUGCUAAGAAGAAAGUGGACACGAUGGAUCAAAACAACAGCCUGCCCCCGUAUGCUCAGGGCUUGGCCUCCCCUCAGGGCGCCAUGACUCCUGGGAUCCCCAUCUUUAGUCCCAUGAUGCCUUACGGCACAGGACUGACACCGCAGCCUAUUCAGAACACCAAUAGUCUGUCUAUCUUGGAAGAGCAACAAAGGCAGCAGCAGCAACAGCAGCAGCAGCAACAGCAGCAGCAGCAACAGCAGCAACAGGCUGUGGCAGCCGCUGCAGCUGCGGUUCAGCAGUCGACAUCCCAGCAAGCGACGCAGGGGGUCUCGGGCCAGACACCACAGCUCUUCCAUUCACAGACUCUUACAACCGCACCCUUGCCGGGCACCACUCCCCUCUACCCUUCCCCCAUGACCCCCAUGACCCCUAUUACUCCUGCCACGCCAGCCUCGGAGAGCUCUGGGAUUGUACCACAGCUGCAAAAUAUUGUAUCCACAGUGAAUCUUGGUUGUAAACUUGACCUAAAGACCAUUGCACUUCGUGCCCGAAAUGCUGAAUAUAAUCCCAAGCGGUUUGCUGCUGUAAUCAUGAGAAUAAGAGAGCCACGAACCACAGCGCUGAUUUUCAGUUCUGGGAAAAUGGUGUGCACAGGAGCCAAGAGUGAAGAACAGUCUAGACUAGCAGCAAGAAAAUAUGCCAGAGUUGUGCAGAAGCUGGGUUUUCCAGCUAAGUUCUUGGACUUCAAGAUUCAGAACAUGGUGGGGAGCUGUGACGUGAAGUUCCCCAUACGGCUGGAAGGCCUGGUGCUCACCCACCAGCAGUUCAGCAGUUAUGAGCCAGAGUUAUUUCCUGGUUUAAUCUACAGAAUGAUCAAACCCAGAAUCGUUCUCCUUAUUUUUGUUUCUGGGAAAGUUGUAUUAACAGGUGCUAAAGUCAGAGCAGAAAUCUACGAAGCAUUUGAAAACAUCUACCCUAUUCUAAAGGGAUUCCGGAAGACGACGUAAUGGCUGUCAUGUACUUCUGCCUCCCCCACCCACAUGUUUUUUAUACAAAUCAGUUUGGUACCUUUCAAUGGUGGUGUUGAGAAGAUGGAGGUUCAGUUGCAGGUCACGGCACCAGGCGAUGCUCUUUCGAGUGUGUCCCGCCUGGGGACCCUAGGGAGGGCAUUGUUUCUGCACUGAGAACACCACGCAGCAUUACUGUGAGUUGCUCCUACUGUGCUGCUAUCCGGGCAGUGCUGCCCGUUUAUUUAUAUUUAGGUUUUAAACACUGCUGUUGACAAGUUGGUUUAAGGGACAAAACUUUUAAGUGUUAAAGCCACCUGUAUAAUUGAUUGGACUUUUUAUUUUGUUUAAUUUUUCCCCAUAAACCAGUUUUUAUAUUUCUACCAGGAAAGUAAAAAUCUUUUUUAAAAGUGUUGUUUUUCUAAUUUGUAACUCCUAGGGGUUAUUUUUGUGCCAGACACAUUCCGCCUUUCCAGUAUUGCAGGACAGAAUGAAUAGAUAUAUUAAUGAAAACAAAUGGCUGUACAUAUUGUUCUUUCUUCAGAGUACUCUGUACAAUAAAUGCAGUUUAUAAAAGUGUUAGAUUGUUGUUAUGAACGACACCUUGUAAGUCAUGUGAUCAUACUGUUUAAAAAAAGUUGUAUUUUAGAUACAAUGCUUGAAACUAUUCUGGUGUGUGUCUGUCAGUAUUUUGUUUAUGUUGCAAGGAAUGUAAAACUACCUGAACGCAUAAGGUCGCCGAGGAAACACAUGUUCAUCACCUCCAUAUAUUGAGCACCUCCUAUUUCCCAGCCAAAGCAAGUUAGGUUCUUUUUUGACAAGUGAGGAAAAG